ACACAUACAUAUUUAUCACACGAACCUAACAUACCUUCAAACUACUAUACUACAUCAAUUCAUGACCCUUGUGAUAUUCCCCCAAGACUACAAUCUAAUACAUCUAUCUCUUCUGCUACCUCAUUUGCCUCUCCUACAACAACUAACUCUUCACUCAA